UAUCCCGUGACUUAACCACGCCCUUCACUCGCUGCCUUUUGCAAAGAGGCCGGGAAAUGCCAGGGAAAUUUAUGCCGUGGGACUUCUCAGAACAGAGGUUGCGACAGCUUCAACAUCAAAUGCGGGUCAAAGAAGAAAGAAUAGCUGAACUGGAAACAGAAAAUGCUAUUCUGCACCUGAAAUUGUCAGAGUACCAGGAAAGGAUGAACAGGAGCAGGCGUGAGGCCUGGCAUGAUGCUCUGCUCAGAACAAGGCAGUGUCAGCAGGGAAGCAUCCACGCAGCCUUCCUCCAGCUUGGCUGCCUGACUAGGGCAGAAGUGACCUUAGCACUGCCAAAAUCACCAUGUAUGCACGGAAUGCUGAGUGGUGUAGGGCUUAGGAGAGCGCGUGUGUCAGAAGAGGCUCAGCACAGGUGUCUCCAAGGGGUUCAGCUCCCCUGCUCAGGAAAGGAAGCCUACAGCACUGUUAGCAUCUGA